UAUUGAAAUAAAAUAACAUUUAGAUACCUCCCACAUUAUGUUACAAAAAACUUGCUGCUCUAUAUGCUUAACUUUAAAUAAAAGAACUAUCAACAUUUACGGUACACAUCUGCAAAAUGUUUAUGAGAAACUAGCUGAAUUUGAGGCGAAAGCAGAGUUAUGUUAUCUAUGCUACAUAUGUUGUGCGAGACUACGACAAGUUGCCAACCUUCAGAACGAAGUAACAAGCAGUAGUCAGUCACCAAAAACUUUAGUCUGCCUCGUCAUACAGAAUAUUGAAAAUGAAACUAUACCGUACCAUGUUGUGCUAACAAAAAAGGAACCUCUGGAAUUUGAUGUUCAGGAGAGACGCUUGGAACCUGAUGAUGUGACUAUAAAACCUGACAUUGAGAAUUCUGAGUAUGUGGAAUGCUGGGUGUGCUACAUCUGCCACACAAGACUGCGACAAUGUCAACAGUUGCAGCAGUUGGCCGUGCAGACACGAGGCCUGAUUGAUGACAUAAUCCAAAAGAAGAUGGAUGUAAAAUUUGAACCAUUUGGAUCUUUGUUACAAUUAUCAACCACGAAGACAAAGGUAACUGAUAGAACAUACAAAACCUCAAGCAUCAAACAGGAGUCUGAUCUUCAGAUAGCAUUUAAUAAUAAAAAUGGGUCAAGACAUGAGGCAGAAAAUACUCAGUACGAACUGGAGGUGGAAGGGUUGUCAGUGGAAUCUGAAGAUCCCCUCGUUAAUACACAGCUACCAACAAACAUAGUGGACGACUCCAUGUCAUUAAAGCGAAGCCAGAGCACCAUUGAGGAUACAAGUUCGAUUUGCCCAGUCGAUCAGCCAGCAUAUUUAGAUAAGGAAUGGGAGGCAGAAAUAAAACUGGAAGUGGAGGGAGUUGAAGACCAAAGUACCGAACAAGACUACGAGCUAGACAAUACAAACCACGGAAGGCGAGACCACACUAGCGAAACACAGUCCAGCAAGCAUACGCGCGGCUGUGACGUUUGUUACAAGAAAUUCAAAUUCAAGAGUGACUUACUACGGCAUAUGCGAAUACAUAGCAACGUCAAACCGUUUGGAUGCGACAUUUGUUCAAGAAAGUUCAAAAGUAGGCAUUGCUUGCAACGACAUAUGAGGAUACAUAUAGGAGAUCUUCCAUACGGCUGCCAUAUUUGUCCAAAGAAAUACUUAUUUGAAUGUGAUCUGCAACGCCACGUCCGAAGUCAUAGAAGUGAAGAAUUAAAUAAUUUAACAAGCAAUGAAAAUAGUUUAUAUGAAGCCGGCGAAGAUAAUGUGUGCAAUUUUUGUUCAAAAAAGUUCACAAAUAAAGGAAGCCUGAACCGACACAUCCGAAUUCAUACGGGUGAUAAACCGUUCGUCUGUCAUGUUUGUGCAAAGAAAUUUAUAGAGAAGAGUGCUCUAGAUAACCAUGUGUUAACACACACUGGCACCAAACCGUUCAGCUGUGAUAUUUGUUCCAAACGAUUCACUCUAAAGCUCAAUUUGAAGAGGCAUUCAGUGGUUCAUACGGCGAAAACGCAGUUUAACUGUGAUAUAUGUACCAAGAAGUUCCGAUUCAAGUCUACUUUGAAAUCCCAUAGGCGGCUACACGGAGGCGCGAGAAUACAGGAACGUAACAAACCGUACAGUUGUGAUGUGUGCUCGGAGAAGUUUUCGCACCAGAGAUAUUUGAACGCUCACGCUCAAAUCCACGCGAGCGACAAAGUGUUUAGUUGUGAAUUGUGCCCGAAAAAGUUUCUACGGAAGACACAUUUGAAUAGACACUCUCGAUCUCAUACAGGCGACCAGCCGUUCACCUGUGAUAUAUGUGCGCGGAAAUUCACUCAAAAAGGCAGCUUGAAAGUGCACAAACGCAGUCACGAGGGAGACCGUAAAUAUAGCUGUCAUAUUUGUUCGAAGAAAUUCCUAAGAAACUACACCCUGCAGACUCAUUUGAAAAUCCACGAGGCCCGGGCAACAGUCUUAUCAGACAGCCAGACAUAUGUGGCCCAACUAUAAAUGUGUAUAUUAUGUUUCACAGUGCACGUUACGAUAAUAUCGCGAUCGUGCUGAUAAAAGAGGGAGUUGAGAAGAACAGGGAUACACCCUGUACCCUAGUCCCUAACCCCUCUAACGAGGGCAGCCUUUUAAGUUUUGUUGUUUGAAAUAAAUACUAACAAUCUUAUAGAUUAUCAUCAUUUGAAUUGAAAUCCAAUUUUUUUUUCAACG